GUAAGUUGAAGGAUGAAUGAUGCUUUCUUUCUGCAAGUUUUUAAAAGCAAUAACUUACCCUAGUGAAGCUGCGUUUAACUGUUCAAUUUUUAUGUUUUGGAGAAAAACAUCCACGUAUCAAAUAUGAGUACAUUCUCAGGCAACGGGGGAGGCGCUGCAGUGUUUUUAGAUGAGUACAAUAGUGACUUGAAUUUUGUGAUAGAAUCAGAUGGAGUGACUGGAUCAUCACUGCAUAAAAACGGUUUUGAAUAUAUCUGGGCAGGCGCUAGAGCUACUCAGGGUGUGUCUAGAGGCAAGGUGUGUUAUGAAGUUCUUGUGAAAGAGAAAUUAGAAGUACAUAUGCCAGACACAGAGACUAAGCCGCAUGUCAUGAGAGUUGGUUGGUCAGUUGAUAUGUCUCCUCUUGCUGUAGGUGAAGCACCAUUGUCAUAUGGGUAUGGGGGAACUGGGAAAGCUUCGUGUAACAACAGGUUUUUUAAUUAUGGAGAACCAUAUAGCACAGAUGAUGUCAUUAUGUGUUAUAUUGAUUUGGAUGCUGUUCCAAAAGCAAUAUUCUUUGCAAAGAAUGGAAAAUAUCUUGAUGUAGCAUUUCGUUUGGGCCCAGAAGCAGAUGGGAAAAUAUUUUAUCCUCAUAUUUCAGUGAAAAAUAUGCGAUUCAUUGCUAAUUUUGGAGGAUUUAACACUUACUUUCCACCAGUUCAAAGUUUUUAUCUCAUCCAGCACUUACCACCUCAGAUGCUAAGUGCACCUCCAUUACCACCUAAAGAUCGCUGUGAAUGCGAGGUGCUUAUGAUGGUUGGUUUGCCAUCCAGUGGCAAGACCACAUGGCUGGACAAAUAUGUGAAAGAUCAUCCAGAAAAGAAGUACAAUAUUCUUGGAACAAACGAUAUUUUAGUCAAAAUGAAAGUGAUGGGCUUGGGAAGGAAAAGGAAUUAUCAUGGUCGUUGGGAUGCUCUCAUAAAGCAAGCAACAGGAAUCCUAAAUGAAAUGUUAAAAGUGGCUAAACACAAAAAUCGUAAUUAUAUCUUGGAUCAAACUAAUGUGUAUCCAAAUGCCCGUCGUAGAAAGAUGGGAAAUUUUCAAGGGUAUCACCGGAUUGCUGUUGUGAUGGUCAAUGAGAAUUCUGUUCUGAUGCAAAGAAAUUCCGAAGUUGUGCGUCGAGAUGGUAAGGUUGUCCCCGAAUCAGCUUUUAUGGAGAUGAAGUCCAACUUUACUUUGCCUGUGCAAGGUGAGAGUUUUGAUGAAGUCUGGUAUGUUGAAGAAAACCGAGAAAGGUCCCAACAGCUUGUCAGGGAGUUUAAUGAAGAAGGAGGAAAUUGGAAGGAAGAACAGAAGAAAAGACCAGUAGAUGAGGUGACUGUAAAGGCUGAACCAAUAACUGAUUUCAAAAAGCCAAAGUAUGGGGACUCAGAUUUCAAUCAAUGUAGAAGUGAACAUGAUAAUCAAUUGCCUGGUGAAAAACAUCAAAGUACUAAUUCUGCAAGUGGAUAUCAACACCCUAAUGACCCCCAGAAUUUCCAUCACAGAGGACAGCCCACUGUUCCAGUGCAAGAGAGUCACCCAGGCAACUCACAUGGACAAGGGUUUUACCAAAAACAGAAUACUUAUUCUGAAGGUCAACAGCAAUACAAUCAACAACACCAGAAGAACGAGGGAACCACUUACCAGCAAUCAGGAAGAAGUUACAACCAUACCACGCAAACAGCAGGUAGCCAUACCCAUGGUCAUGAAGGUUUGCAUCAAGGACAGUCCAGCGGAAAUCCUGGGUAUCAACCGGGUCGUGUAAUUAGGGGCGGAUUUCCACGUGAGAAUUCCGAAAACAACCAACAUUCUGGUCCCCAGCGUUAUCAAGGUGAGGGUGGGCAAUCACACCCACCGGUCAACUCUGGUUAUCAUCAAGCUGGUCAAGGAUAUCGCCAUGGUCAAGGUGAUUGGAGUUAUGCACAAGGAAAUCCAGGUAACAGUUACCAUCAAGCUGCCAUUCCUCAAGGUAACCAAGGUGACAGAGGAUCAUAUCACGAUCAACCAGGAAAAAGCUUUGGUUUCCAAGUAGGUCAGGCUGGAAUAUAUCUUCAUCGGGAUUCAGGGAGCAAUUAUAGCCAAUACAGUCCAGCUGGAAAUCCUCAAUCAAAUUAUCAGAAUAACAACUAUUCAGGUCUUCCAAGACGAAAUGAUAACUCGCAAUCCGGCUACGGUGCUGGUGUAUCACAAGGGUACCCGGUGAAACAGGAGAGCUCGGAUCCAAGACAGGGAACCUAUCAACAUCCAAAUGAAAGUUAUAGACGCAAUCAACCGGGAGACUAUGAUGCCACAUCCAAUUAUCCAGGUCCAAAUGCCAGUUCUUCUCAGCGUUAUUACAGAGGCUCAAACAGUGGGAAUCCAACGCAGCAAGGUGGCUUUUAUAAUCAGUCUCAGGGGUACUGGGGUGGCGGGCAAGAAUGGACAGGCCCUGAUGUUCCUCAGCCAAGACAGGAUAAUUGGAAUCAGAACCAGCGAUAUCAUUAAAAGCUCUUUUCAAACUCUUAAAAUUAAGGAUAUUUGUUCGCCAUUUUUAGAUUUCCCUAAAGUUGUUGUUAAUAUAUUGACUAAUGCCUUGAUUUGACCUAUCUAUUAAGAACAUUUGUAGUUUUUCCUUAGUCAGAACAUUUUUGUGUCUGUACAUACUGGAAUUUUAACCAAUACAGGCCUGAAACCAUGGACCAUAUCAGUAACAUGGGGGUCUAAUAGAUUAACUGCAAUACCUAUGUAAUUAAAAUAAUAAUACUUUAAAUUUAAAAUAAUAUAAACUGAGUAAAAAAUACGAUAAACACCUUCGAAUAUGCGAUAGAUGCUCACUUGUCUAAUCAAAUGCUGCAUGAUCAAUAUCAAUCACCUUUGCGUUCUUAAUUCCUAAGAUUUGAUAAAGAACAUAUGCAGGAAAUUUAUUGCAAGUAGUAAUUCUUUCGCGAUGACAAAUAUAUCCCAUUUUUGGGAGACUUUCAUGGUAUUCGUACGGGUAAAAACAAUUACAACAACAUUAAAAACUGUUUUUUUAGAAUCAACUAACCAUUUAUCCAAAUAUAUCUACCCUGAAAAGUGAAAAUAUUGCGCUCAUAAACCUCGAAAAGGAACGCCGAAGAUAAAGCGGGAUAUAUUCGUC